AUGCUGCGCCAGAUCCUGCGCGACCUGUGGGUGGACCCCGAGCUGCUGGCGGAGCUGGACGAGGCGCAGCGCCACGCGCUCUUCUGCCGCAUGCGCGCGGAGCAGGUGCGGCGCUGGACGGAGCGCGAGAGCCAGCGACCCGCGCGAACCAUUAACGCGGCCCGCCCCGUUAUGGCGGCUGGCAGCGUGCCCAGGUUUUUCAGUUUUGCCGACCCCGCCCGCCCCAACCCCACCCCCCCGCCCCACCCCACCCCACCCCACCCCACCCCACCCCCGGCCCCGCCCACGCCCCCGCCCGCCCCGCCCCCGACCCGCAACCCGACCCCGACCCGACCCGAACCCGACCCGGACCCGACCCGACCCGACCCGACCCGACCCGACCCGACCGGACCCGACCCGCACCCGACACGUGCGAAGCACGUUGACUGGCUGUUGGGGGCAGAUGGAGAGCCUUGGGUGUGGGUGAUGGGAGAACAUCCAGACGAUCUGUCCAUAGACGAGAUCCUUGCUCAAGAACAGAAUGGCACCUCUGCAGAAGAGGCUCUUGACUCCACUGAAAUAGGAGGAAAUGAACAGAUUGAAAUGAUUCAAUCUCCUCCAUUAGAACAGCAAAGUAAUGAAGAAUUGUUGUUGAAACAACAUGAGGAAAUGCAACACUCGGAAAAAGCUGGAAUAAUGACUAAUGGUCACAAUCAGGAGGUUGAGGAAAGCAUUUACUGCACAGUGGAUGAGUUGCGAGUAGCAAUAGAGAACAAUGAUGUCUCACCAGAGAAAAGAGGAGCACUUCAGGAAAUUUCUCUCAAUACGCGGGUGGCACUGUGGGAACGGAGGGUGGCCGAGGAGCGCAAUGUCCAGAGGCCACAGCGAAGGCGGCGAGAAAUCUCAGCACGACAGGCAGAGGAGCAAAGACUACAGCAGGAAGAGGAAGACAGGGCUUGGAGGGAACAAGAACGUAAAGCAAAAGAAGCUGAACAACAAAUUCGAGAAAUAGCCCGCAGAGCACGAGAAGAACAUAGGCGAACAUCAGUGUUGGCAAUGGAGGUUGAGCCCUCCCUUACACCUACUUCCUGUGAGUCAUCAAACAGCCUUACAAAUAGCUUGGGUACAACCACUCCAACUGCCAAGCCUCCAAGUACAGAGGCUGUCGUCCAGUGGUUUCGAUCUAGUGAAAUUGCACGAAGAGCUGGUCUGGCUCCUGGUACGAAUCUAGUUGCCACUUGGUUUCACGGACUUAUAACUCGUCAAGAAGCUGAGCUUCGUUUGGAAUCUGCUCCUGUUGGGAGCUUCCUUGUGCGUGUCUCGGAACGUGUGUGGGGUUAUGCAGUCAGUUACCGUGCAGCAGAACGAUGUAAACAUUUUCUCAUAGAUGCAUCCAGUGGGCACUACCAAUUCUUAGGAGCAAAUCAACUAAGCCACGGGUCUCUGGGGGAAUUGAUUGAGUAUCAUGCAAGACAACCAAUUACUCUCCUUGGAGGAGAACGUCUGCUUCAUUCGUGUGCUCGCACUGAAUUGCCAUCCAUUUUCCAAGGUCUCUUAAGCCCUAGCAUGCGGAGGUGAGAGUAAACAUUAGUAUACCACAGAUGCACAAAGUUGCACCCUGCAUUACCUCUUCACUACAGCAGUUUAAGAAUGAACGAGAAGAGAAAGGAGUAGACAAAAGGUUUCUAACAUGAAUUUAAAGAAUGAAAGAGAACGUAGACAAAUAACUUAAUCAGUCACGGUAUUCAACACAACAAAUAACUGGGUGAACAUAGCAAUCUAAUACAUACAUGUCAUUGAGAACUACCUUGCAUUAUCAAAGUCACAAUCUUUGCCUCAUGAUUUCUUUAUUGAAAUAGGUUCAAAUUGUUGGCUGGGGUGCAAUACCUGGUGUGAAAGCUGGCACGGGGAGGAGGGUUUGGUUGUUGGAAAAAUGUUACAAAUUUAAUCUUAUUUGUUAAGAAUAAUACCUGGAAUAUACCCUUGAAUUUUACUUAGCAUAACAUGCAAGUUAAAACAAGCUGUUUUUAUGUAAAUCAGUUCAUUACUUCCGAGCAAGUAUUGCCUCAGCUUAUAUAUUCUUUUUUUUUUUUUUUCUGCACUAAGCCAAUGCAGAAAGUCCUUUUCUAUUUUUCUUCUUUCCUGUGUUUGAUGUCUAUUCAAGCAUUCCUCUCUCAUUGUUGAAUGUAGCCAAAUUUUCACUCUUCUAAAUGAGUGCUCAAUGGUUCUCAUAGCUCAUAGUAUAUGGCAAAGACGGAAAUAGCAAGAGCAUAUUUUGUUCAUGGGAAAAAUGCCCUUGCUUCUUUCAUCAGUUCCUCCAUUUUCAACUCUUUAAUAUUAUAUUUCUUUCCUUCCUUUUCCAUCCAAAAGUCUUAGAUUGUUGUUCACUUAAGCUGCUACUGUUUAAUACAAUCAGUAGACUAUACUUUACCGUAGAUAGAUAAAUGAUAUUAACUGAAAAUUUGUCAUGAAAAUGUAGAAUAAAUUAAAUUUGGAACACAAAUUCAAAACUGUUCGAUACACCGUCCCCGUAAAGUUCAAAUCAACAGAAUCGUCACUCGUCGCAGAAAUAUAAUAAAAAUCUUUCAGUGAAUAAAUUAGCACAGUGAUAUAAUAUCGAAAAGAAAUUGAACUGUUUAUAGGUUUUGACACUAUCACCAACUCGUAAAUCUUAAGUUCGUUAAUGUUCCAGUAAAACUUGUUAUAUAUUAGUUUGUCUUAGCAAUAGCAAAAUCUAGUUGAAAUUAUGUAUGCAGCCAACAACCUUGAACAAUCUGUAACAACCUCUUACUGUAGGUCUCGCUCAUUAACAAACUUUUUCAGAUUACAUUGUGAUUGUUGUGUAAAAUCCUGCCCUGACAUCUUCAACAUAACAUCAGGGUGCAAUGAUAGUAAAGAAAAUGUAUGUUAAUUGUCAAUGUAAAAUUUCUUUCCUCCAAUGACAAUAUGAAGAAAUCCAGAUAAGGAAAUAUUAGUAAUAUUUCCCAAAACUUGAAAAAUUAGCAACAUAAUGAACUAAUUCAUUCAGCAUUAUUGAACUACGAUGGAUAAAAAAACAUGAUUGGCUACAUAUUAUAAUUCAUAAAAUGUGAGAACUAUGUAUGAUCAAUGUAUACCAAAGUGAUUUCGAUAUCACAUGUACAAAGACUGCAGAAAAACCGCUAAAUUUUAAAUAAUAGGCCUAUAAUAACUACAAAAGCUUUUCUAAAGUGUUAUUUGGCAAAUAAAAUAAGUAUGUGAUUUAUAGAAAUUAAUGUUUUAUUUCAAUAUCUUUAAUUAAGGAGUAUCUAAGAGGUUCAGUCAUUAAUGUUUAUUUUACAAGAGCAACCAGUCGAUAAAUAAACCAUUGUCAAAAAAAACCUUUGAUCUCCAACCGCAAGUGAGUUUCUAAUGCAUGAUCUACUGUUUUCUACAAUGUUUGAUUCUUGUGUAUUUAUAUAAGUAGAGACCUCCCACAAUCUGUUUUAUUUGGUUUAUGCAACAAAGCAAAUUUCAAGCAGAUGUUAAAACAAGCACCUUCGAUUUGCCACAUUUUUUUAGUUCACCCUCUUCCUUACCAACCUUUUCCAUUUUCAACCCAGUUCAUUUGUGGGUCAUACUCUCAUGCCCUUUUGCUCAUGCCCUCUUUCUUAUUACCCCCCUUUCUUGUCCUUUUAUUAUCUUCCUUUCAAAUGGGAAUCAAUUUGACACCGUGGUUUUGAGUAAUUGUUGUUCCUCAUUUAGAAUAAAUUUCCAUUGCAGAGUAAGGCUAAUCUCUCAUUUGAGAAAGACAAGUUUAAUUAUUAAACUCCUGAAUGCCUUGAUCAACAACUUUCAGGGCAGAAUGAAUUCAACCUGAUCUGUUAAAUCGUGAAGAAAUUCUUGGCUGCCAUAAAGUAUUCAUAAAGCUUUGCAGAUAGUUAGGUUUGUUGACUGAACAAGAACACCUUUCCACAUUUUUUAUAAACCACUAAAUUUUGUGAAUCAUCAACUUUUGAUGUCACAAGUUGCAACUGAUUUUAUGAGCCAAAUUUAUUCCCUCAUUCUCUCUGUCGUACUCCCCUAGUCAAAACAUAGUGGGGAAACAUUGAUUAAAGUAAAAAUAUGAAUCCUUGAGUUGGAAUACAUGAGCUUAAAGAACUAACUGUUUGCCAACUUGCGUACUAAUAAAAAAAUUACUACUACCAUUUCAUCAGAAGACCAUUGGACCAGUUUCCAAUGGUCUUGAAUAAUAUGUUGAAACAAUAUUUAAUUUAUCAAUCAGGCAAUUGCUCAAUACCAAAUUAUUUUGUACAUGCACAAAAAUCAAAAAUCAACAACAUAGGUUACAACCAGCAAUAUAGGUUACUACCUAUUUGUCAGAAAUGAUCUAGCUCUCUUAAUAGUUCUCAAUAUCUUGAGAACCUUAAAAGUAUGGUACAUCAAAAGUUACAAAUAAGGGUUUGAAAAUUCAAUAAAAUUGCAUUGUUUCACUGAAAAUCAAAAGAGACGGAUUUUUUUAUUCAAAAGAAUACUAUUCCAACUCAAAUUAUUGUUUUCUGAGACAGAGAAACACUUAUUUACUUAAAUUCUACAUUAUAUCACCAAGAAAGUUUCAUCAAACACUGCCAUAUUGGGAGCUUCUCCACAAUUCACUUCACCUAUUUGCAUGGAGGUGUGCUCAUGGGUGCAACAUUGUACAAUGAUGCAGUAUACAUAAAGAAAUUAAUGAUACAUAAGUGUUUGUGUUUUCUUGUAUUGUUCAUUAAUAAAGAAACUCUGCAACAUAAUUUAAUUGUUAUCUUCUCUUUGUGUGCCAAUAACAGUAUUUACAAUAAAGUUAUUGUCAAGAAAACUUUGUAUAUAUCAUAAAAUAUUACUUUUACUAUACUUAAGUCAAUGAGAGAUGCAAGAUAUAAAAUGUCAAACAUUAAAUGAUAAUACAGAAUGAUAAAAAAGAUCAACGUAAGGGUUCAUGAAAUAAAAAGAAUUAUGAAGUGAUAAAGACUGUAGUUCUUAAUCCCAAUAACGUUAUUUCCAUUUUUCAUUGAAUAUGGGAAAUAUCUGGAGUAACUUAAAAGUAAUCAUCCUAAUAUCAUUGUGACCCUGAGGAAAUAGUCUCUUUUAAUGAUGCACUGAUCUGAAACAAAAUUAUUAAAGUAUAAAUAAUCACUAAUCCCAAACUUAAUUUUAUUCAUGUGCAUUUUUAAAUAGGAAUUUCUUACUGACUUACGUGUUGAAGGUUUCGUGUAUUAAAAACUUCUCAACUUCAACCAUGAUAUCAAUGAUUUGAGAGCAAAUUAACAAGUCCAUACUUAAUAUGAUAGCUCAGUUGUGAGAGAAAAAAUUUUAGAAACUGAAAAAACUUGGAUAAGCCAUUACUUUUCUUUUCUUUCUUCUCUCCUAAUUCUCUUAUUUGAUUACUGAAAUAACAUUUCAACUAAGAAUCUACUUAAUGUUUCAUUCAAUCUUAACUAUUCAAGAUUAGCAAAAAGUUAAUAUCUAAUUAAACUCUUACAUAAUGGACUUGGAACGUGUAGUUAUAUACAAGGCUUAAGAGGUGACUGUUCUAAGUGAGAGUUGAAAUAAGAUGUAAUGAAGCUCUUCUACUCUUAAUGAACCUUAAACUUAAGUCAAUUGUAAAUCUUUGUAUGUUAAAUAUCCAACAUAGCAAUAUUUAGUAAAAGGUUCAAUUUAAUUUUAUCCAUUUAUUUCAAGAUUCAAGUAGACAAUCAUCUUUUGUGAUAAAGUUUUAAAAUAAUUGGGCAAGAUUUUUAUUCUGUAAAAGUAAUUUGAUGGAAACUAAUUUAACAGGGAGCUCAUAAUACACGUAUGUAAAAAUGCUUAAAAUACAACCCUGAUUGAAAUACUAUCGGGUGUUCACAAGGUACAGCAGAAAAACAUAAAAGAAUUCAAAAUAAAUUUCACUUUACACACAAUUCUGCACUUCGGUAGCUGCCAUUCUUAAAUGAAGAUGUUGCAAUUUUCAACAGAUGACAGAAUCUUGUCAGCAGGGGUCAUAUUGCAACACUACAAUUGUAGUUUACCAUAUCUAAAAUAAAAUAAUUAUAUGUUUUGUAUGGUUAAUACUAAUUAUGUUUUAUGAUAUGUCCUACAUGGGGCUAUUAUUUUUGACAAAACAUAUCUCAUAAUAAUCAAUUGUUUGUCUAAGUGGCCAGCGAGUAACUGGUUUAUUACAAAUGUCGAGAAUUUAACUGCAAAUUUGAAAUAAAGCAUUCCAAAUAUUUGUUUGCUCUUCUAGGACUUGAAAAGAAAUGGAUGUGCAAGUGGAUGGUUUUGAAUGUAAAAUACUUUUUGAUUUGAAAAUCUAAUUGAAAAAAUAUUAAAAUGAAUGGUAUUGUUUGAGUCACAAUUGUUGCAAUAUUUAAAUAAAUGAUUAUUGUGUUGUUUUAAGUGUGAUUUCAUACAUAGGACCUUUGUUUAAUUUUUACCAUUUUAAUUUUUUUAUAAAUAACUCUGAUUAAUUAUUAUUUGUUUUAUUUCAAGGUAUAAUACAUGUCCAUUUUUAUACAGAGCAUGUGCAGCAAAAUAAAAAUGGAUUCUUGAAUUUGAAUUUCUACUUUCUAGUUAAGUCACGUUGUUCAAUAUUGAACAAUAGCUUUCAUGCACGAGCGAAGAAUAGAUUGUGUCAUUGAAACUUGAUUAUGAUUGUUUUUUAAUUAAAUUAUAAUAUUUUGUCAUAAGUAACAUAUAAUGUCACGUGUAAUGUGAAGUCACAUAGUAUAAUGUUAAACCUAACAUUAUAUCCUUUGGAGGUAAAUUAAAUAAAGAAUAAUUGAGUGCAAUGAAUGUACUAUUAUAAAAAAUUAUUAUUGUGCAAUAAAAACU